AGCAUCAUUGCGUGACCGGCAGUCGGUGCGGAAAGUUCUGAUCGAUUCUUUUACGCUACAAAAAAACUUACCUUUUUCUAGUUAUCGCUCUUGUUCUAGACAUUUUGCCGUGAAACUCGCUCCAAGUAUUUUUUCUUAUUUGUACAGUUGUACCAGAAGAAAAUCGAGGAAGCCAAAAUGUCACAACAACAAUACUAUCCCUUCAAGUGCACUCCAACGGUUUACCCAGCCGAGCCUUUCGAUGCAAAUGCGGAUGCUGGUGUUUUGCGAAAGGCUAUGAAAGGUUUUGGCACCGACGAAAAAGCCAUAAUCGACGUCCUGACGAAACGAGGAAUCGUUCAACGACUUGAAAUUGCCGAAGCCUACAAAACUCUCUAUGGAAAAGAUCUCGUGAGCGAUUUGAAAAGCGAGUUGACUGGUAAAUUAGAGGAUGUUAUUGUCGCCUUAAUGACUCCACUACCUCAUUUUUACGCCAAAGAAUUGCACGAUGCCGUUGCUGGCCUCGGAACCGACGAAGAAGCGAUCAUCGAAAUUCUCUGCACCCUCAGCAACUAUGGAAUUCGAACGAUCGCUGCUUUCUACGAAAAUCUCUAUGGAAAAACCCUCGAAAGUGAUCUCAAAGGGGACACUUCUGGACACUUUAAACGCCUUUUGAUGUCCCUGACAACAGCAAAUCGGGAUGAAAAUCAGGGAAUCGAUCACGAUCAAGCCGUUGAAGACGCACAAGCACUUUUCGAUGCAGGCGAAAAGCAGUGGGGAACAGACGAAUCUCAAUUCAACGCAAUUUUAAUAUCUCGUAGUUACCAACAACUUCGACAGACUUUCAUUGAAUAUGAAAAAAUCUCCGGCCAUGAUAUCGAAGUGGCUAUCAAGAAAGAAUUCUCAGGAAGUAUCGAGAAAGGUCUCCUUGGAAUAGUGAAAUGCGUCAAGUCGAAAAUCGGUUUCUUCGCGGAGAGACUUUACGCAAGUAUGCAUGGCAUUGGAACGAAGGAUCGCACUCUAAUCCGAAUUGUCGUUUCGCGUAGCGAAAUUGAUCUUGGGGACAUCAAAAAAGCGUUUGAACAACGCUACGGAAAGUCACUCGAGAGUUUCAUUGCCGGCGAUACAUCCGGCGAUUAUAAGAGAGCCCUCCUCUCCCUCGUUUCGACAUAAUUUUUUCGCUCAAGAGUCGGAAAUAAUUUUUCGCCAAGUCGCUCGCUUCGUUGGUGCACUGCCUAAAAAUCGACGGAAACUCAAUUCUGCAUUUAGACUUUUUACACACGAAAACGUAUCGGAAAAUAACGAGCUAGCGACCAGAACUCAAAAACUCAACGUUCCAAAACAUACCGAUAGUAUUUUUUAAAUAAUAAAAUACAGAAAACUGCAUUUAACUUUCUUUCAGAAAAAAAUCUAGGCUUGCUUUUCUCAGAUUUAAGUGCACGAAACUUAGAUGUUUCAAUUCCUAUUAUUGGCCAAACUUUAAUGUUCGUCUUUUAACGUUCUUUAAUAUUUACCAAAAUUUAAUGUUCGUUCUUUGAUAUUUAUCAAAAUUGAGUGUCCAGUCUUUAAUAUUUAUUAACGAUUAAUGUUGAAAUUAUUCAAUUAUUUACGAAAUAUUUAGAGUUUAUUUUGAAUUUAAAUUCUUGAGAAAAGUUUUUCCACUUUAACAAUGUUUUUUUUUCUUGAAGAUAAUAAAAUUUGAUAUUGUUGCUCUCUAUAAAGGGAGAAUCAGGUACUUUAUUUUCGAAAUCGUGUUUUUCUCUUAAAGAAUGUUAUAGUAUUCUUGAAUUAUAGUAGAUUUGGAGUUGUUCCUAAAACUGCCUUAUACUCACAUUUGUACAUAUAUAUAAUUAUAUAUUACUAUUUUUUUAUCCGAAUUUUGCUAUUGCUGAUAGUGUUUCAAAUUAUACAUCUAUUUUACAUCAAAAGCGCAAUAGUAUUAUUUAUUGAUAAUCGAGUGUUUCGCAAAAGAAACUACACAAUGCGCAAUUUUUACGUGGCAUCAUUUAUAUUUUUAACACAAAUAAACUAAUUCCUGAUGCAA